AUGGAAUUGGCCAUCACACUCGCAAUGAACCUAGGAUUGAGAAGGAGUGCCUACACGCCAACGCUCACCUGCUUCCAGAUUGUCCAUCGAAAUCUGGCGGCAAGAAACAUUCUCUUAGCAGAAGAAAACGUCGUGAAGAUAUCAGGUUUUGGCUUUGCCAGAGAUACCCAAAUAAACAAUCAGUACAUCAAAGAAGGAGAUGGACCAAUACCUUACAAAUGGAUGGCUUUGGAAUCACUCAUCCAUGAGAACGUAUAUACAAGCAAAUCAGACGUUUGGGCAUACGGAAUAACGCUCUGGGAGAUUUUCAGCCUUGGUAAGACUCCAUAUCCAGGCAUGAAAUCUACAGAACUCAUCGAGCGCCUGCAAGCCGGCUAUCGCAUGGAGGCUCCUGAUUGCGCCAAUGAACCUAUCUAUGAAAUCAUGCGGAAGUGCUGGGAUGCAGAUCCAAAUGAUCGGCCAACAUUUUCUGUGCUGAGUGAAUGGUUUGCGACUAUGAUGCCAGAAUCUGAACAUGAAGUACAUCUUGAAUCCAUACCGCGCAUUUUGGAGCUGAACAAGUCAUACGAGGAAAUGAACGCCGAGCACUUCAAGAAGCAUCCAGAUUACUUGCAACAGAUGGCAUCUGGAGGAUUCGAAGAGGGAUACCUUCAUCCACGUGGAAUCCUGGAUUUUCAAAGGGAAUCAUCUGCAUCGUACCAAGACAAUACCAUUCACGAGUACUGCGAAAUCAAUGAGAAUUUCAAAUCGAAAAUCUCUGACAACGUUCCAAAGGAUGAAAUACGAGGAAGACAAAACCCAGAGAUACAAACAGAUGAGCUUUGAGGCGAUACCCAAGAAUUGUACUGGAAAGAGAGGGAAAAAACGAAGUCAUCAAAUUGGAUAAAAAAAUAAUAAUUGUAUAUGAACUGUUGUCGUUUGUCUAAAAAGUGACACUGCAUUUGAGGUGAAAAUAGGAAGCA